AUGUCAAUAUCGGGCAUAUUCGACUCGACGUCCGUCUUGAAUUGGAUGGCGCGAGUCAGAUUCCGGUCGCGACGGAGUUCGUUCGAGGCCGAGCUAAACUGCGUUGUCACCGAUCAAAUCGCAGAUAGAGUUCCGGCGAGCACGCUGAAGCGUCAGACCUUCAGGCUGCCGCCCGGCAUCGAUCUAGCGGACCCGAAAUUCAACGUGUCUUCCGACAUCGAUUUAUUAAUCGGAAUCGAUCUGUUUUGGCAGCUGGCGUGCGUGGGCCAAAUUCGUGCGAUAUCCGAGCACCCUCUUUUGCAAAAAACACGUUUGGGUUGGAUUUUGGCCGGGCGUACGGGUGGUGGCACCUCGCGAUCGAGCGCCAAAUUGCGUGCAUUACACGCGACGAUUAGUAACUCGCAGCUCCACGAACGAGUUAAUCAAUUUUGGCAAAUCGAGGAACUGGCGGAUUCUAACGGUUAUACCCGCGACGAGCAGGCGUGCAAAAGUCACUUCAUGAUGAACGUGUCGACGAACGAUGAAGGUCGAUAUGUAGUAAAAUUGCCGCUAAAAGAGGACACAUUUCAACGGCUCGGCGAAUCGCGCGAAAUAGCGAUAAAGCGUUUUCUUACACUCUAG